AUGGAUCCUUCUAUGUAUAAGGCGGCAACAUCUGGUGAUGUCGGUUUCUUGGAAAUGAUUAGAGUUGGUGAGGUAUCUAGUGAUGUUCUCAGUCACAAGACACCUAAAGGCAACAACAUUCUUCACCUUGCAGCUGAAUCCAAGCAAAUCAAUUUCUUCAAAGGCGUCCCUUCCUUUGAGAAAGGCUUUCCGCUGCUUUGGGACAUCAACAAGAUGGGUGACACCCCCUUGCACAUUGCUUCAAGAGUAGGAUGCGUUGAAUUGGUGGACUUCCUUAUAGAUCGUGCAAAAAUGCUACAUGUUCAGAGAGUUGGCGAUCAGGAAAGGGGAACAACAUAUUCUGAAUCUUAUAAAAAGUUACUGCGGAAGACCAACUUGGAAAUGCAUACGGCAUUGCACGUUGCUGCCCGAUACGGUCACCAGGGAGUGGCGAUUUCGUUGAUGAAAGCAUAUCCUGAAUUGUGUUGUUCUACUAAUAGCACCAAGGAGUCUCCAUUGUUCUUGGCAACCUGCAAGGGUUUUUCUAACAUUGCUGGCGACAUUUUGAAGGAGCCUUCAAUAUCUCCUUCUUUCCAAGGAAUCAAUGGUGUUACAGCUCUACAUGCUGCUGUAACUCAUACGUACCAAGGCGCCGAAGGUAACAUAUAUACUAUGGUAUCCAAAUAUCCUGAUACGAUCAAAGAAGUUGAUUCACUUGGGUGGGCACCCUUACACUACGCAGCAUGGAGAGGGAACCUUGAAGCAACUGGAUAUUUGAUUCAAUGGGACAAAUUUAGUACUUCUUACAUCUUGGACAAAUGUGGAAUGUCAGCUCUUCAUGUUGCAGCGUUCAGAGGACAGGUUAAAGUAAUGCAGAAGCUGAUUGAAUGUCGGCCUGAUACUUGUGAGUGUCUCAAUGACAAAGGACAAACCAUUCUUCAUGUCGCAGUUUUAGGUGAACAAAGUGAUGUUGUUGAGUGCAUACUGAAGAUACCUGAGCUUAAGGGACUUAUAGAUCAAGCAGAUAAAGAAGGAAAUACCCCUUUGCAUCUAGCUGCUAUCGCUCAAAAUCAUGUAAUUAGAAGAAUGCUGACAGAAACACUCGACUGUGGAGUGGAAAAUACUGCUAUUCAUAAGGGAUUCCCGCUGGUUUUCGACAAUUUUCUUGGUGACAAUAUUGAAGUACAGGAGAUCAUUGAUCGUAGUUAUCAAGGAGGCUCCUUCGGUGUGCCGUUGUUCCAAGAACAAAUAAGACGUGAUUUCAAGAAAUUGGAAUUACAUGAGAAGAACGAUAAAUCCGACACUGCCUCGGCCAUCGUAGGCAGCGGAAAGGAUCGGAUAUCUGAAAUAAAUCUACUGGUAGCGACACUUAUCGCAACAGUUACAUUUGCUGCUGCUCUCGCUCCACCUGGAGGAUAUGGGGAUAACGGAAAGAUGAUUUUACAGCAAAAUACAAAUUUCCAAAUUUUUCAGACAUUCAACACGAUAUCCUUUAUUUUCUCCCUUACGGUACUUUUACUUGAAGCUUUUAAGGCGUAUUGGGGCUCCAAAUUCCCCAAUUUCCUCCGCCUGAAACCUGGAGGCCUUAUUAUGGGUUCACUUGUCGGAAUGAUUUUCGCAUUUCCGCUAGGCUCGGCAGCAGGGCAAAUCACAGUUAAGAAAACGACGCCGGUUGACGGUUGGAUAAUUCUACUAAUUUGCGUUUUCUCAUUUUCAGCUAUGAGUCCUAAGAUGAAUGAACUUGUCACCAACAGAGGCGGAGCCAUGUUGGGGCAUGGUGGGUCCCGUGCCCCAGUCAGAUCUUCAUUAUAUAUGUAUCUGGUUUCAUAUUUUCGUGAAAAGCUGUUGUGA